AUGGCACCACAAAAACAUAGAAAGAUCUGUGUAAUGGGAUCAAGAGCAGUUGGAAAAUCAACAAUUACAAUGCAAUUUGUUGAAAGCCAUUGUCCAGACUCAUACCAUCCAACUAUUGAAAAUACAUAUCAAAAAAUAAUUAGACACCAAGGUCAAGAAUAUUCAGUUGAAAUUAUAGAUACAGCUGGUCAAGAUGAAUAUUCAAUUUUACAAAAGCAAUAUUCAAUUGGUAUUCAUGGAUAUAUUUUAGUUUAUAGUGUUACAUCAGUAUCAUCAUUAGAAGUUAUUAAAGUUUUAAAUGAUAAGAUCUUAAGUUCAUUGGGAGCUGAAAAGAUACCAAGAGUUUUAGUUGGAAAUAAAUCUGAUUUAGAUAAUGAAAGAAAUAUAUCAAGAGAUCAAGGUAUUCAAUUAGCAAAUGAAUGGGAAUGUGCAUUUGUUGAAUGCUCUGGUAAAAAUAAUGAAAAUGUUGAAGAAGUUUUUAAACAAAUUUUAAAUGAAGUUAAUAAAGGUUCAACAGGUCCUGAACCUCCACAAAAAGAAGGUUGUAUUUUAAUGUAA